CCUGGAUUUCUUCCCAUUAAGCUAUAAGAAGUAGCAAGAUCUUUACAUAAUUCAGAGUGGUUUCAUUGCCUUCCUGCCCUCUCUAAUGGCCCCUCCAUUUAUUUGACUAAAGCAUCACACAGUGGCACUAGUAUUAUAUCAGGAGUAUGAGAAAUACAGUGCUUUCUGGCUCUAACAUCAUUGCCUUCAGUAUCAAGGCUGCCUGGAGAAAGGAUGGCAGCUUCAGGGCUUCCUUAUGUUCUCCACCACAAGAACUCCUUGAUGAAGGCCAUCUUUUUCCCCUAUCCUGCUCUCCCCUCCCGGCUCCUAAUGGUACGUGGGUACCCAGGCUGGUUCUUGGGCUAGGUAGCGGGGACCAAGUUCAUUACCUCCCUAUCAGUUCUAGCAUAGUAAACUACGGUAUCAGUGUUAGUGGGAAGAGCUGGAUUUUCCUGGUAUACCCACUGCAUCCUACUCCUAUCUGGUCAACACGCUGCUUCCAGGAAGUCCAGCUCCUUAAACUGAUGCUAGUCAAUAAACCUGGGCAAGUGAGGCAAGAGAAAUGACAAAGAAUCCAUCUGUGAGGUGACAGGCAGGGAUGAAAGACAAAGAAGGAGAGGAGUAUCAAAAGCAGAGAGGAGAUCAUUUAGUUGGGUCUGAAAGGAAAAGUCUUUGCUAUCUGACAUGUAUUGCUAGUACCUGUAAGCAUUUUAGGUCCCAUAAUGGAAAAAAAAAUCAGCUACUGGUAGUAUAAUAAUGUCCUUUGCCUGGAGUCAGUUUUUUAAAAAAAGUUAACUCUUAGUUUUUACUUGUUUAAUUCUAAAAGAGAAGGGAGCUGAGGCCAUUCUCUGUAGGAGUAAAGAUAAAAUAAUAGGAAAAGAUUCAAAGCUCUUACAGAGUCACAGCUUUCCCAGGUAUAAAACCUAAAAUUAAGAAGUACGACAAGCAGAGGUGGAAAAUGAUCUAGUUCCUGAUAGCUACCCAUAGAGCAAGUGAUUGAUAAAUUUGAAAUCCAAACUGUUUUCUUAGUAUCACUUUGGUCUCCAUUGUUCCCAGGACAGGAAAUACGUCCCCCAUAACUUUCUUGCUUCAAAAAUUAAAAUCCAGCAUCCCAAGAUCAUUCUGCAACUAAUUUUGCACAGACACCUCCUCACCCCAGUGCCUGUCUGGAGCUCACCCAAGGUCACCCAACAACUUGGUUGUGAACCAACUGCCUUAACCUUCAGGGGGAGGGGGAUUAGCUAGACUAGGAGACCAGAAGUGAACGGGAAAGGGUGAGGACUUCACAAUGUUGGCUGGUCAGAGCUUGAUUAGAAGGCAAGCCAGUGGCAGCAAAGGAAAGCUUGGCCCAGGAAAAACCUGUGGGUUGUGCUAAUUUCUAUCCAGAAAAUAGAUUGGACAGAAGCUUGUGGGGUGCAUGGAGGAACUGGGACCUGGUUAUGUUGUUAUUCUCGGACUGUGAAUUUUGGUGAUGUAAAACAGAAUAUUCUGUAAACCUAACGUCUGUAUAAAUAAUGAGCGUUAACACAGUAAAAUACUCAAUAAGAAGUCAAA